GGGCGUCACUGGCAGCAUGGCAGUGAAUCAGAAAGCAAAAGGCAGGCUGAUGUGGCUCGAGAUCACAAGGCUGGGAUCUCGAGCUCUUUGGCGAGGAUUUUAUAUCACAUCUGGAUCAUUUAAAUACCCACACGGACAAACAGGGUAUGCCGAGCUCCAGGUGCGCCGGUGUGGAGGGCUGGAGCAGUAAGCAGGUUGCAGUGUGGCUCAGAGAGCAGGGUUUUCGUGAAUAUGUGGAUCUAUUAUGCUCUAAACACCGUCUGGACGGCCCCAGCCUGCUGUGUCUCACUGAGAAGGACCUGCGCUCUCCUCCACUGGAGCUGAAGGUGCUGGGCGACAUAAAGAGACUAUCACUGGCCAUACGAAGACUACAAAAACACUACACCACCCUCACACACUCAGACUCCAGUGCAUUGUCUAAAAUAGACACUGGAGAAACAGAGCAGAUCCUGUCCAAUGGGUAUUUAGAGCGAGCAUCAGUAGACCAUCAACACUGUAACGGGACGGUUGCUACAGUCGGUGGGGAUCAUAGUUACUCCAAUGGGAAGCGGAAGUCGCAUUGUGGCCGUCUGGACCCAGAGUAUUGGAAAACUGCGCUCGGUGCUCUUUACGCCAUGAUGGUGUGCGGAGUAACAUCAUUCGUCAUGGUGUUGGUGCAUGAGCGGGUUCCUGAUAUGAGGACAUACCCGCCACUUCCUGAUAUAUUUCUGGAUAGUGUUCCCAGGAUUCCCUGGGCCUUUGCUAUGGCUGAAGCGUGUGCAGUGGUAUUGGGCUCCAUGUUAAUACUGGUUUUGUUGAUGCACAGACACAGGUCUAUUCUGUUUCGCAGGCUGUGUAAUUUGACAGGCACUGUGUUUUUGCUGCGCUGCGUCACGAUGUUUGUCACUUCACUGUCUGUUCCUGGUCAUCAUCUGCAGUGUUCAGGCAAGAUAUAUGGCGAUGCUUGGACUAAAGUGCAGCGCGCACUGGAAAUCUGGAGUGGACUCGGCAUGUCUUUAACUGGAGUUCAUACAUGUGGAGAUUACAUGUUCAGUGGACACACUGUGGUGCUCACCAUGCUUAAUUUUUUUGUCACUGAAUACACGCCGCGUAACUGGAACUUCAUCCACACCAUGUCGUGGGUGCUGAACUUGUUUGGCAUCUUCUUCAUCCUUGCGGCUCAUGAACAUUACUCUAUCGACGUCUUCAUCGCCUUCUACAUCACCACCCGUCUCUUUCUGUAUUACCACACGCUGGCCAACACACAGGCCUAUCAGCACAGCCGGAGAGCGCGCGUCUGGUUCCCGCUCUUCUCUUUCUUCGAGUGCAACGUGUUGGGACCCGUUCCAAAUGAAUACUGCUGGCCUUUCCCCAAACCCGCCUUCAUCAACAUACUGCUAGGAUAGAGAGACGCCGUCUUGGGGAAAUUAUUUAUUUUUUAUAUUUAUUGCUGUCGUUCACUUUCUCUUUGUUAACUGUACAAGUCGAUUUGCACUUUUUAUAAUUUCACCUCUAAAUGCCAAACAACAAAGAACACCAUUAAUUUUUCUUUGAUACCUCAUUAUUCAGAAAAGUAAUUAGCAUUUAAUGUUUUGAAUAUGUCUAUAGUUGCAGAUUUGUUACACUAACGGUAUUCCUGAAUAUUUUGCAGUAUGUUAAACAGAGAAAAGUGCUAAUAUACUCUGAGUCUUUAUUAAUUAAUGCUGCCUAUUCUACAUCUUGACAUGUCUAAUGGUGCAUAUUUAAAGUCUUAUAGCCACAGAGAUAUAAAACAUAUCUUUUGCUAACACAUUUUUUGACACUUUGUAUUAAUGUGCAUUAAUAUCAUUUUUUUUGUAUGUGAUUCUGGGAGUAUUUUGUAAUCUUUUGCCAAUAUUUGCAUUGAAGACUUUUUAAAUUGUUUAAAGGGAGAUACAGCUAUUUCAUGUGUGUACGAUUCAUGUUUGUGCAAUUGACAUCUGUGAAUGUAGCAUUCUGUAACACUGUUGUUUUUAAUGUAACUUAAGGCUAAGUGAGGUCUUAGAAAUUGGGGUAUACCUGGAGGAAUCUUGAACUGGAACAAUAAAAGUUGAUUAAAUAUUUAUUAAAA